UUGGUUGACUCUUUUUCAGUUUUGUUGUUAGUUGUUACUUGUGUUCAAGUAAAUUUGGGUUUUCUUUUUGUUUGACGAUCGAAUCUUUGGAUAAGGCUUUUGUUUUGUAAGUAUUCUAUUCUGUGCAAACAAUUUGACUUGGCGAUAAUUAUAACAGAUGCUGAGUAACUAAAGAAGAAAGUUUACCUUUUGGCUUCUAUUCGGAACUGGGUUUGCUUUAAAUAUCAUGGUUAUCACUAAAUUUAUGGUGGUAGAUUUACAAAUAUGUGGAUUUUAGCGAAUUAAAAGCAAAAACCUUUUCGUUGUUUUGGGUUUUCUUACACCUUUUUUUGGGUAUGAAAAUGACUUUAAAUUGGUCAAACUGUGCUGAAAUUCGUUUUCUUGACUAUUGAUCAUGAGUUUGCUUGUCUAUCACAAAUCCCUUUUUUGUUUUUUGGCUUUUUAAAACUCUUCAUAUACCCAAUUUCUUUUUUUUUUUUUUUUUUUUUUAAGGUUUGACAGGUUAAGAACCCAAAAAAUUUGUCCUUUGGUAUAAAGGUUUAACAGAUAUGUAUAUGUAUUAGUAAUACGAAAAUAUCAGCAGCGCUUUUAUAUUAAAAAAUGUUUGUUACUGCCAGUGGGGUUGCCAUUGAUGAAAUGGGGUAUGCCAUGAGUAGGCUGGAGAUAGAAUCUGAGUUGUUUGAUGGUGGUAAUGUCACCAAUGAAGCUGGCAGCAGUAAUAGGUCCAACAAACCAUUGCAUAAUGUAGACCACGAGAUUGCCCAGCUUACAAACCUCAGAUCAAAUCCUCAUGAACGAUUGCGUAAACUCAUGCCUGGAAAGCAGCAAUCACCUGUUUCCCCAGUGAAGAUGUUGGCUGGUCGAGAAGGUAAUUAUUCAGGAAGAGGAAGAUUCUCAUCAGCAGAUUGCUGUCACAUGCUUAGCAGAUAUUUACCGGUAAAUGGUCCUUGGCUUGUGGACCAGAUGACCAGCCGGGCCUAUGUUUCUCAAUUUUCAGCUGAUGGCUCUCUUUUUGUUGCUGGGUUUCAGGGAAGCCAUAUUAGGAUAUACAAUGUGGAUAGAGGCUGGAAAGUUCAGAAGGACAUUCUUGCUAAAAGUUUGCGAUGGACAGUUACUGACACAUCCCUUUCUCCAGAUCAGCGCUAUCUUGUUUAUACCAGCAUGUCACCUAUAGUUCAUAUUGUUAAUGUCGGGCACGCUACCACAGAAUCCCUUGCAAAUAUCACGGAGAUCCAUGAAGGAUUGGACUUUUCUGCUGCUAAUGAUGGAUGUUAUUCUUUUGGAAUAUUCUCUGUGAAAUUUUCAACUGACGGACGAGAACUUGUUGCUGGAAGCAGUGAUGACUCAAUAUAUGUUUAUGAUCUUGAGGCAAACAAGCUUUCCCUUCGAAUUGUGUCUCACACGGCUGAUGUUAACACAGUAACCUUUGCUGAUGAAAGUGGCAAUUUGAUAUAUUCUGGGAGUGAUGAUAAUCUCUGCAAGGUGUGGGAUAGACGUUGCUUCAUUGCAAAAGAUAAGCCAGCAGGGAUCUUGAUGGGACACAUGGAAGGUAUAACAUAUCUUGACAGUCGUGGAGAUGGUCGUUAUUUCAUAUCAAAUGGUAAAGAUCAGACUAUCAAGCUUUGGGAUAUCAGAAAAAUGUCCUCCAAUACCACUUGCAAUUUAGGUUUUAGGAAUUAUGAAUGGGAUUACAGAUGGAUGGACUACCCACCACAGGCUAGAGAUUUGAAACACCCAUGUGACCAAUCAGUGGCUACUUAUAAGGGUCACUCAGUCUUGCGGACUCUUAUUCGCUGUUACUUUUCCCCAGAAUACAGCACGGGUCAGAAGUACAUUUACACUGGAUCUCAUGAUUCUCGGGUUUAUAUUUAUGAUGUGGCAACGGGAGCCCAAGUUGCAGUACUGAAGCACCAUACCUCACCAGUAAGAGACUGUAGUUGGCACCCACACUACCCCAUGCUGGUCAGCUCUUCUUGGGAUGGGGAUGUGGUUAAGUGGGAAUUCCCUGAUAAUGGACAAGCACCAGCUUCUGUGAGCAAGAAGAGAAUCCGGAGGCGAUAUUACUAUUGAAGGCCACCUGUAUCAUCCGUAAGCUAUAAUCAUACUAUAUAUAUGUUAUUGUUAACUGUAUGUUGUUUUAAAUAGCAACUAUGGUUUAUUUUGCAGUAUUGAAAAAGGUGUAAUUGUUUAACAACAUGAAAUGCACUUCCAUGUAUUCAAAUUUUUAGCUGUACGUAAAUAAACAAUACAACUCUCUAUGUAAGUUUUAUCUAUGCUUCAUCCAAACCCUCUCUGUUUUUCUUCCUUGAUUCUGCACGAAGAUCGUGCUGCGUGGUGGAUUGGUCUCUUUCAUCUUUUUCCCACUCUGAUGUAUAUUCCUUGAGAACAAGUUAAUGAAUGCAACGAGCUCGUUCUGCAAUGUGGAAACAAGAAUCAUUACAAUAUAGUUUCGAUCAGAAGUAAGUUUGUGAUGAUGAUGACAUAUUUGUGCUUUGUAGAAUUCUUUCAACAAAUGAACUUUCGUGGUAACUAAUGCUUUUCAACUACACCAAUGAAGCCAAGAAAAAGAGAAAAAGAAAGCAGAAGGUGGAACCAUAUUGUAUGUAUGUCCGUUGAAUGCUAGCUGUUAGUGUUUGUUGGUUAAAGGUGUAAAGCCUGCAAGAGACGCCUGCCCCUCUCAAUUUCUUGAGGUUUUGUCGAGGAAGAAACGAAUAUUUGUUUGGAUUCAUGUGGAUAUAUCUCUCGGCCUCAAUGAACAAACAAUAUGUGGUGGGCCUUAUAUGCCAAGCACCUUUUGCAAAGAAACGGCAAAAAUGUACCUUAGUAAU